AUGUCUUUUGUAUUAUUAACGGCAAAUAGAUAUUAUUUUAAAUUUCCACUAUAUUCAUUAUAUCGUCAUUUAUCAAUAAUUGAAUAUCGUACUAAUGAUCAAUUAAUAUUAACAAUUGAUCAUAUAAAUUUACCAUCAAAUUCUAUACAAACAAAUGAAUGGAAUUUUUUUCCAAAUCAAUUUUAUCAAAAACGUUAUAUAACUUUACAGGUACCAUCAACAAAUCAACAAAAAUCAUCAUCAAAUAGUAAUGAUAGAAAACCAUUUCAAUUUCCACCAGGAAAUCCAAAUGAUAAACCAAAACUUGAACAUUUACGUUAUAUUGAAAAUCAACUUAUACAAAUUUUACCUGAUUUUUGUAAACGAAUGCAUCCAUAUGCUUUAUAUACAGCUGAUAUUAUUUUUGAAAAUUAUUAUGACGAUCCACCCAAAAUUAUGAAAGGUGCUGGUAGUUAUGCUUUAGCUCUUUUUUGGAUUCGAACAAAAUUAAAUUUUAAAUUAAUGAAUAUAACAAUUCAUUUACUGAAAACAACAAUUGAUGAAGAAUCAAAUUGUGUUAAAAUACGUUGGCGUAUAUCUGGUUUAUCAAAUAAAUCAUUUAUUGGUAUUCUUAAAGGUUGGAGAAAACCAAAAGAUGUUGCAGGAAAUAUGCGUGAUUAUAUAGAAUAUAUUGAUGGUCUGUCAAUAUUUUAUGUUCGUGGUGAUGGUCGUAUUUAUAAACAUCGAGUUGAUCGAAUUAUGGUCGAUGAAGAUAAAGAACUAGCUACAUCACUACUAAAUAAAAAGAAACUAGCUACAACGGCACCAAUAUCUGUGUAG